UUUUUGCAUGAUGGCCCCCAUGUCACCGGAUUAAGUCCUGCUGUCAUGUACUGUUCAAUGGGGACCCUGAAAUGGCAACAAUUGUUGUCGAGGACUGUCCUGAUCUGCACAUCAGGAGUAUUAUAACAAUGCUUGAACUUGAAGAACUUACUCAGGAACAGAAGGACACAGUGUCAGAUCUUUCCCUGUCUUGGGAUCUCCCAGCAGUCACUAAAACGAAUCAGAGGUGGCUACAUAACAAACUUCUAGUACACGCGGUCAUCGGGAGGACCAUGCGCCAAAUUAAACAGUUGAGAAAGGGAUUGAAAGAUGUGAUGCUAUGGCCCCUGCUGACAUCUAGGCCAGAUGUUGUCCCACUUCUUUUUCCGAAAAUGGCAGGAAUGCAGUUUGUACCCCAGAUGUUCCUAGACAAAAUCACAUGGCCUGUGGAGGACAGUGAUGAUGAUGAAGAACUUGACAUUGAGUGCAAGUGCCGCAUCACUGGUUUUCUACGGAUGUUCAUUGAAACAGCUUCAUCAGAUACACUGGCCCAGUUGCUGAAAUUCUGGGUCGGCUGGGAAAUGCUCCCUCCAGAACUCAAAGUGGAGUUUUCCGGGGGAACCUUUCCAUCAUCCUCCACAUGCUUUGAAACACUGAAGCUGCCAGCUCAUUACAACACCUACAAAGACUUUGAGGAAGCACUUGUUGCUGCCAUAGACAGUGCACACACUGGAUUUGGUCUUGUUUAAGUAUUUUCAGGCAAUGAUGUUGCUAUGCUUUUAUUCAGUAGAAAAGGUCAAUUUGAGUGAAGUGAGUUCAGUGUUUUUCUAACAUUUAAAAUACAGUGCAGUAUUUUCUUUCCCUGAAAAUGAUACUGCUUUGUUGUUGCUCUUCUGUCAAUUGCUUGAUACUUCAAUGUGCAUCACCUUGCUGUCCUUGCCUGUUGUCAUUGGCUACAUGAGGUUGAAAUAUCUCUUUAUGCUAGACAAAUUGGUUUUAUUUGCAUUAAAACAGCAUAUUAUUUCAGAUUUUUAUUGACAAAUCAAGUUAACUAAUUCAUGAGUGACAUUUGCACAUGCUAAAUAAAAUAAAAGGCCUGGUUAAGA